UUGAAACAACAGCGGAUGGUGGAUGGGACUCACGGGAUUGGGCGGUUGCGCACCGAGAACAGUGACGGAAACCCAAACCCAUUGAGGCCUUUCCGGAACCCGUUUCCGUGCGUCAGGAGCAUCGCGUUUGUUCACAGAAAAAUAGAGGCCUCUGGCCCUCGGGUUCCCAUCGGAGCGCACGCAGAGAAGGCCAAGAAGCCAGAGCUCGCGAUUCCGAUGGCCGCCGAGAAGGAGGAGGAUCUGCUCCUCAAAAGCUUUCUGGCCGAGGUCAGCGAAGUCGAGAGAGACAACGAGGUCGUCAGGAUACUUUCAUGCUUCAAGUUGAAUCCGUUUGAGCAUCUAAACUUACCAUUUGAUUCAUCAACUGAUGAUGUGAAGAAGCAAUAUCGAAAGUUGUCUUUGCUGGUUCACCCUGACAAGUGCAAGCAUCCAGAAGCAAAGGAGGCUUUUUCAGCAUUGGCAAAAGCCCAGCAGUUACUACUCGAUUCGCAGGAAAGGGAAUACCUUCUUACUCAAUUAAAUGCUGCAAAAGAAGAGCUAAGGAUGCAGAGGAAGAAACAGUUGAAGAAAGAUAAUGCUUCCAAAAUAAAAGCACUAGUUGAUGAGGGAAAAUGUGAGCGGCAGUAUGAGCAAUCAGAAGAAUUCCAGCAGCAAUUGAAAAUGAAAGUGCGUGAAAUUUUAACUCAGCAAGAGUGGCGUCGGAGAAAAAUGCAAAUGAGGAUAUCAGAAGAGGAAGGAAGACUGAAGAAGGAUGAAGAAGAGACCAAGGAAAUGUGGAAAAGGAAGCGUGAGCACGAGGAACAGUGGGAAGAAACAAGAGAUCAGCGAGUUUCCAGCUGGAGAGAUUUCAUGAAGACUGGAAAGAAGGGUAAAAAAGGAGAGACCCGACCACCGAAGCUCAAAACAGAAGAUCCAAACAAAUCUUACGUGCAAAGGCCAGUAAAUCGAGGGUGAAUCACUACUGACAUUGCUGCGCCUGAUAUUAAAAUGAGCAAACAGAUUUGACAAGUCAGAAAUUUAUUAAAUAUUUUAUGUUAGAGAUAUUCGGUGGUUAAAGGUGAGUCUUGGAGUUUGGCUUGCUGGAAUUACAUUGUUUGUAUUAACACAAAUUUGGUAGGAUUCUAAGUUUCAAUUAUGCUUGAGUUCUAUAAUAGAAUGGUAGGGAAAUUUUUACGCUAUACAUUUGUUUUCGGAUGUUUAACUGGAAGGAGGUGACGACACAUUCGAAAAAUUAUGCCUUUGGUGUAUCUUGAAUUCCAUGGAUUCCAUAUUUCUCCUGGUUA